CCUUUAAAUACAUGGGUUUUGAAGGUUUCAACGGAAGGCAAAUGGCAUCUUCAGGACUCUCUCUGAUCUUAUUUUUCUCUGUUUUUCUCACAAAUGUCGUUUCUGCUGCCGAUCCUUACUUCCAGUCUAAUUGUGUUAACAAUGGCAACUUCACGGCAAACAGCGCUUACGGAACCAACCUCAACCUUUUGUUUUCUCAGCUAUCCACCACGGCCGAUUUCAAUUAUGGGUUCUACAAUUUGUCCGUCGGUCGGAGCCCUGACCAGGUCAACGCAAUCGGACUCUGCAGGGGAGACCAAAAGGAGGACGCCUGCAGAAGUUGCCUGAACGAGACCAUCUCUAAGCUCGAGCAGCUAUGUCCCACCUACAAAGAGGCAAUCGGAUGGUCGGAAUUCUGUACGUUACACUACUCAAGUCAACAACUCUUUGGAUCCAUGGAAUCCACUCCUUCGGCUAUACUUUUUAAUGUUAAAAACGCAUCUGAUGUAAAUGGGUUCAAUCAGGCGUUAAGCCCCUUGUUGAAUAACUUGAGCAGCCGUGCGGCGGCCGGAGGACCUCUUCUCAAAUAUGCAGCGGGUAACACGACCGGUCCGGGUUUCUUUUUGACAAUUUAUGCUCUCGAGCAGUGCACUCCCGAUCUGUCCCAGCUGGAAUGCAGCGAUUGUCUGACGACGGCAAUCGGAAGGAUCCCUUCUGGCUGCUAUGGGAAGAUCGGAUGCAGAGUUCUGCAACCCAGCUGUAAUUUAAGAUACGAGACCAGUCCAUUUUUUGCAGCCGUAGCUGAUAUUCCUCAGCCGCCGCCGCCAUCGUCUUCACUUUCUCCAACAGAAGGAAAUGGAAAUGCGGGCAACACAACCCGAAUAAUCAUCAUUGCCGUUAUUCCUUCGGUUGUCGGUAUUCUCUCACUUGUCUUCUGUAUUUGGAUCUGUUUAAGAAGCAAAAAGCCAAGAGAAAAUUUUGAAACUGCAGAAGCAGAUGAAAUGAUCAAAACUGAGUCUUUGCAAUAUGACUUAGCCACUGUUCGGGCCGCAACUAAUAACUUCUGUGAUGAAAAUAAACUUGGACAAGGAGGAUUUGGAGCAGUUUACAAGGGCAAGCUUCCAAAUGGACAAGAAGUAGCCGUGAAGAGGUUAUCUAGUGGUUCUGGACAAGGAGACUUAGAAUUCAAGAAUGAGGUUCUCUUAGUGGCCAAGCUUCAACACCGGAAUUUGGUAAGACUCUUGGGCUUCUGUCUGGAAGGAGAUGAAAGACUUCUCAUCUAUGAAUUUGUGCCAAACACAAGCCUUGAUCAUUUUAUUUUUGAUCCAAUCAAGCGCGCACAACUAAAUUGGGAAAGUCGUCACAAAAUCAUCGGAGGCAUAGCUCGUGGCCUCCUUUACCUACAUGAGGAUUCUCGUCUUCGAAUAAUUCAUCGUGAUCUCAAAGCAAGUAAUAUUUUGUUAGAUGAAGAUAUGAACUCUAAAAUUGCAGAUUUUGGCAUGGCAAGAUUAUUUGUUAGAGAUGAAACACAAGGCAAUACUAGUAGAAUUGUGGGAACUUAUGGAUACAUGGCUCCAGAGUAUGCAAUGCAUGGGCAGUUUUCAAUAAAGUCAGAUGUCUUCAGUUUUGGCGUGUUACUUUUGGAAAUUGUAAGUGGUCAAAAAAAUAAUUGUUUCCAAAAUGGGGAGAACACAGAGGACCUACUAAGUUAUGCAUGGAGAAACUGGAGGGAAGGGACUGGAUUAAAUCUCAUAGAUCCAAUUUUGAGGAACGGUUCAACGGCUGAAAUGAUGAGAUGCAUCCAUAUUGGUUUGCUAUGUGUUCAAGAAAACGUUGCUGACAGACCAACCAUGGCUUCAAUUGUUCUCACACUUAGUAGCAAUUCAACCAGUCUCCCAGUGCCUUCUCAACCUGCAUUUUUUAGGCACAGCACCAUUGAAUCAGAUAUGUCAUCCUCAUAUGGCUACAAUUCAUGGGUAUCAAACUCAAAGAGAUCAAAGGAAGAAUCACUCCCUUUGACAAAUAAUGAAGUUUCAAUCACAGAGCUAAGUCCUCGAUAGUUUUGGAGAUUCAAAGGUACAAUUAGAUUCACAUUGUCAAUCCCGUUCAGAAUAAUGCUAGAAUUAACUUAUUAGAUGUACUUGUAUCUAAUACCAGUUCUUUCUUUGUAAGCAAAACUACUUCCAAGCAUGGGAAUAUAGUGUACAAUUUGAUUCGUGUUCUGGUUUCCUUCUAGUAUAAUUUUAUACAGUGUAUACUUUGACAGUGGUUUCUUUCUUUUCUGCAAAAUUACUUCCAUUUACUGAUUCAUUGUAACAUUUUAUUUGGUGUUGUCUUGUUCCAUCUCAAUCAAAUUUACUUGUGUAAGGCUUUUGUAAGCUUCAUUUAAUGGAAAUUAUGGUUGUAAAAUUAUAAAGAGAACAGUUUCUACUUUCUAGGGUACAAAAGAAGGAGAAGAUGUAAGAAAAUCUGUUCAUCACAGACAUAAAGCUUUUUUCCCAGCACAUGCAAUAAAUAAGUUGAUUUAUU